UUGGUGCUCACCUGCAUGGCAGAAGGGAGUUGGCCCCUGGAAUUCAAAUGGCUGCAUGACAACAGAGAGUUAACCAAGUUCUCACUGGAAUACAGGUACAUGAUCACAUCCCUAGACCGAACCCACGCCGGCUUCUACCGCUGCAUUGUGCGCAAUCGCAUGGGAGCCCUGCUGCAAAGACAGACCGAAGUACAAGUGGCAUACAUGGGAAGCUUUGAAGAGAAAGAGAAGCAGCAGAGCGUCUGCCACGGUGAAGCUGCCGUCAUCCAUGCUCCCCGCAUUGCCAGCUUCCCUCGUCCACAGGUCACGUGGUUCCGCGACGGGCGCAAAAUCCCUCCCAGCAGCCGCAUAGCUAUCACGCUGGAGAACACACUGGUGAUCUUGUCAACGGUGGCCCCUGAUGCUGGAAGGUACUAUGUGCAAGCUGUAAAUGACAAGAAUGGAGACAAUAAAACCAGCCAGCCCAUCAUGCUCACUGUGGAGAAUGUAGGCGGCCCAGCUGACCCCAUUGCUCCAACCAUCAUCAUUCCACCAUGCAACACUAGCGUAAUCUCUGGUACUUCUGAAGUGACUCUGGAGUGUGUGGCCAAUGCUAGGCCUCUCAUUAAACUACACAUCAUCUGGAAGAAGGGAGGGAUCCCAGUAUCCAGUGGCAUCAGUGACUACAACCGGCGGUUGACCAUCCUUAAUCCCUCCCUAAGCGACAGUGGCUACUAUGAGUGUGAAGCUGUGUUGCGCAGUAGCAGCGUACCUUCUGUGGUUCGAGGAGCUUAUCUCUCUGUGCUGGAACCUCCCCAAUUCACCAAGGAACCAGAAAGACACAUUACAGCUGAGAUGGAGAAAGUAGUACAGAUUCCAUGCCAAGCUAAAGGUGUGCCUCCACCCAGCAUGUUCUGGUACAAGGAUGCAGUACUACUUGGAAUGGAGAAGCUUGCCCGCUUCAAGCUGCUUGCUAACGGGAGCCUGCAGAUCAGUGGCCUAAUGCCAGACGAUACAGGCAUGUUCCAGUGUUUUGCCCGCAAUGCUGCUGGCGAGGUGCAGUCUUCCACAUACUUGGCCGUCACUAGCAUUGCGCCCAACAUAACCAGAGGGCCCUUGGACAGCACGGUGAUUGAUGGAAUGGCUGUGGUUCUCAGCUGUGAGACGUCUGGAGCUCCCAGACCAGCUAUCACCUGGCAGAAAGGUGAAAGGAUCCUGGCCAGUGGCUCAGUACAGCUUCCUCGAUUUACAUUGCUAGAGUCAGGAAGCCUCCUCAUCAGCCCUUCACGGAUCUCAGACGCUGGCAGCUACAUUUGCCUGGCUACUAACUCGCGUGGAGUUGAUGAAGCUUCUGCAGAGCUUAUUGUCUGGGCCCGGACUCGUAUCACCAACCCACCUCAGGAUCAAAGUGUCAUCAAAGGCACCAAGGCCUCAAUGACUUGUGGAGUAACACAUGACCCCAAUGUGUUAGUUCGGUACAUGUGGGAGAAGGAUGGCACGAUUGUGAACACAGAAAACAUGCCACGCAUGCGUCUGGAUACCACUGGCACUUUGCACAUUGCCCAGACCUGGUCAGGGGACAUUGGCACCUAUACAUGUCAUGUGAUAUCUGCUGGAGGCAAUGACUCUCACAGUGCCCACCUGCGAGUUCGGCAGCUCCCACAUGCACCUGAAAACCCCAUUGCCAGGCUAAGUGCUGUAGAGAAACGUGCCAUCAACUUGACAUGGACCAAGCCCUUUGAUGGAAACAGCCCGUUGCUACGUUACAUCCUUGAGGUUUCCGAAAACAAUGCUCCCUGGACAGUUCUUAUGGCCAGUGUGGAUCCUGAAGUAAAUUCAGUACUGGUGAGAGGAUUAGUUCCUGCCCGCUCAUACCAGUUCCGCCUUUGUGCUGUUAAUGAUGUGGGCAAAGGCCAGUUCAGCAAGGACACUGAGAGGUUGUUGCUUCCUGAGGAGCCCCCCACAGCACCUCCACAAAAUGUCAUUGCCAGCGGCCGCACAAACCAGUCUAUCAUGAUCCAGUGGCAGCCACCACCUGAAAACCACCAGAAUGGCAUUCUCAAGGGAUACAUCAUUAGAUUUUGCCUGGCUGGUCUGCCAGUUGGCUACCAGUUCAGGAACAUUAGUAAUGCUGACGUCAACAAUCUGCUGCUUGAGGACCUAAUCAUUUGGACUAAUUAUGAAAUUGAAGUGGCUGCUUACAACAGUGCCGGCUUGGGUGUCUACAGUACCAGAGUCACAGAAUGGACUCUCCAGGGUGUACCCACGAAAACUUAAGAAAACAUAUAUCUAGACUAAUCUGAUCAAACCAUGAUUAUAUUCAUUUUCUCUCAGCUGAUUGCCUGGGAACCAGUACAAGAAGAAGAUAUGACCGUGGUAACAGUACGGCCUAACUUCCAAGACAAUAUCCAUGUUGGUUAUAUCUCAGGUCUCAAGAAAUUCACCGAGUAUUUCACCUCAGUCCUAUGUUUCACUACUCCAGGCGAUGGACCCCGCAGCCCACCACAGCUGGUGCGCACCCAUGAGGACGUUCCGGGUCCAGUGGGACAUCUCAGCUUCAAUGAGAUCUUAGACACAUCUUUGAAGGUCAGCUGGCAAGAGCCCUUGGAAAAGAAUGGCAUCUUAACAGGCUAUCGAAUCUCCUGGGAGGAAUACAACCGCACGAACACCCGCGUUACACACUACCUCCCCAAUGUCACCCUGGAGUAUCGUGUUACUGGCCUCACUGCUUUGACCACCUAUACUAUUGAAGUGGCAGCCAUGACAUCCAAGGGACAAGGACAGGUUGCUUCCUCUACCAUUUCUUCUGGGGUUCCCCCAGAGCUCCCUGGGUCCCCAACUAAUUUGGGCAUAUCCAACAUUGGUCCCCGUUCAGUCACACUUCAGUUUCGCCCUGGUUAUGAUGGGAAGACUUCCAUUUCCAGGUGGCAGGUAGAGGUUCAGAUGGGUCAGACUGGAGAGAAUGAAGAGUGGUUGCUCAUCCACCAGCUUUCUAAUGAACCAGAAGCUCGGUCCAUGGAGGUGCCCAAUCUCAAUCCCUACACAUAUUAUAGUUUCCGGAUGCGACAAGUGAACAUUGUGGGGACAAGUCCACCCAGCCUAGCUUCCCGCAGGAUCCAGACAUUGCAGGCUCCACCUGAUGUAUCUCCUGCCAAUAUUACAGUACGAACAGCCAGUGAAACCAGCCUCUGGCUACGAUGGAUGCCACUGCCAGAGAGUGAAUACAAUGGCAGCCCUGAGUCGGUGGGCUACCGGUUGCGCUACUCACGCCUGGAUGGGCGCAGCCACACGCUGACCAACACCAUCCAUGACCGUGUGGAGCGCGAGUUCACCAUUGAGGACCUGGAGGAAUGGACCGAGUACCGUAUACAGGUGCAGGCCUUCAAUGCGGUUGGGCCUGGGCCAUGGAGUCAGACUGUGGUGGGACGAACACGAGAGUCAGUGCCUUCAUCUGGACCCACCAAUAUUUCAGCACUAGCUACCACUUCUACCUCUAUGCUAGUGCGGUGGAAUGACAUCCCUGAAGCGGAUCGAAAUGGAUUUAUCCUAGGCUACAAGAUCAUGUAUAAGGAAAAGGAUUCAGAUUCCAGGGCUCAGUUCUGGUUAGUGGAAGGCAAUGCUUCUCGGAGUGCCCAGCUCAUAGGCUUGGGAAAAUAUGUCCUUUAUGAGAUCCGGGUGCUUGCUUUCACCCGCAUUGGUGAUGGUGUGCCCAGCAAUCCACCUAUACUUGAGCGCACACUGGAUGAUGUGCCGGGGCCACCGGUGGGCAUUCUCUUCCCUGAAGUGAGAAUAACUUCUGUACGGCUAAUCUGGCAGCCUCCCGCUGCUCCCAAUGGUAUUAUUCUAGCAUACCAGAUCACUUACCGCCUCAAUACUACAACUGCCAAUUCAGCCAACGUAGAAGUCCUCAGCCCCAGCGCACGGCAGUUUACUGCUACCAACCUCAGACCCGAGUCCACCUAUCUCUUCCGUAUCACAGCGCAGACCCGAAAGGGCUGGGGUGAAGCUGCAGAGGCCUUAGUAGUCACAACAGAAAAAAGAGACCGUCCGCAACCACCCAGCAAGCCCAUUGUGUUGCAGGAAGAUGUCAAGGCCAGGAACGUGCUGUUGUCCUGGGAGCCAGGCAGUGAUGGGCUCUCACCUGUCCGAUACUAUACUGUGCAAACACGAGAACUCCCUGAUGGGAAAUGGGUGUUGCAUUCUGCGUCAGUGAAGCACAACACCACAUCCUUCAUUGUGAACAGAUUGAAGCCAUUCACCACCUACAAAUUCCGGGUCAAGGCAACCAAUGACAUCGGUGACAGUGAAUACAGUGAAGAGUCAGAAUCGCUCACUACACUGCAGGCUGCCCCAGACGAAGCUCCCACCAUUUUGUCAGUGACACCACACACCACUACAUCCGUGUUGAUCCGCUGGCAGGCCCCAUCUGAGGACAAAAUCAAUGGCAUCUUGCUAGGCUUCCGCAUCCGAUAUCGGGAGCUGCCAUAUGAAGGGGUACGAGGAUUUAUUGCCCGUAGUGUGGGCAGUCCCAAUGCCAGGUGGACAGAGUUGACCCCAACAUACGCCAUGCGGAACCUGAGCGAGGCUUCCCUGACACAAUACGAGCUGGACAAUCUAAACAAACACCGUCGCUACGAGAUCCGCAUGAGCGUGUACAAUGCUGUGGGUGAAGGGCCCACCAGUUCCCCCCAAGAGGUCUUUGUUGGUGAGGCUGUCCCUACAGCUGCGCCACAAAAUGUAGUCAUCCAAAGCAUCACAGCUACCCAACUUGACAUUACUUGGGAGCCACCACCUCCUGAGACACAGAACGGAGACAUCCAAGGCUACAAGAUUUAUUUCUGGGAAGCUCAGCGGCAGAAUGAAACUGAAAGGGUAAAAACACUCUUCUUACCAGAGAGUGGUGUUAAACUGAAGAACCUGACGGGCUACACUUCCUACCUCAUCUCCGUCCUUGCCUUCAAUGCUGCAGGUGAUGGCCCUCGCAGUAUCCCUAUCAAGGGCAGGACCCAGCAAGCAGCCCCCAGUUCCCCAGGCUCUGUCAAAUUCAGUGAACUCACCACAACUUCUGUGAAUGUGUCUUGGGAGCCCCCGCUUUUUCCAAAUGGAAUCCUUGAAGGCUACCGGCUCAUUUAUGAACCCUGCAUGCCUGUGGAUGGCGUCAGCAAAAUUGUGACCGUGGACGUGAAGGGAAACAGUCCUUUGUGGUUGAAAGUCAAGGACUUGUCCGAAGGUGUCACCUACCGAUUCCGAAUUCGAGCCAAGACCUUCAUUUAUGGUCCAGAAGUAGAAGCCAACAUCACCACAGGGCCAGGGGAAGGUGCUCCAGGUCCUCCGGGUGAGCCCUUCAUCUCCAGAUAUGGUUCAGCCAUCACAAUCCACUGGUCGAGUGGUGACCCAGGAAAAGGGCCCAUCACCAGAUACGUCAUUGAAGCACGUCCUUCAGAUGAGGGAUUGUGGGACAUUCUCAUAAAGGAUAUUCCCAAAGAAGUGACUUCUUACACUUUCAGCAUGGAUAUUCUGAAGCAGGGUGUCAGCUAUGAUUUUCGAGUCAUUGCCGUCAAUGACUAUGGCUAUGGGACACCUAGCAGUCCAUCUCCUUCAGUAUCAGCUCAAAAAGCCAAUCCCUUCUAUGAAGAAUGGUGGUUUCUGGUGGUCAUUGCUUUGGUGGGACUCAUCUUCAUCCUCCUCCUAGUCUUUGUCCUUAUCAUUCGUGGGCAGAGUAAGAAGUAUGCCAAGAAAUCUGAUUCAGGGAGCAACUCCAAGUCAAAUGCACUUAGCCACGGUGAAAUGGUCAGCCUGGAUGAGAGCAGCUUCCCUGCUCUAGAACUGAACAAUCGACGCAUGUCAGUAAAAAAUUCCUUCUGCAGGAAGAAUGGAAUAUAUACAAGGUCCCCACCACGGCCCAGCCCAGGCUCACUGCACUACUCAGAUGAAGAUGUGACAAAGUACAAUGACCUCAUUCCAGCCGAGAGCAGCAGCCUUACUGAGAAGCCUUCAGAAAUCUCUGAUUCACAAGGAAGUGAUAGUGAGUACGAAGUGGAUCAGAACCAUCAGAAAGCCCAUUCUUUUGUCAACCAUUACAUCAGCGACCCAACUUACUACAACUCAUGGAGGCGCCAGCAGAAGGGCAUCUCUCGGGCUCAAGCCUACAGUUAUACAGAAAGUGACUCUGGAGAUCCUGACCAUUGCCCUAUGUCCAACAGCACCAGUACCCAACAAGGCAGUCUCUUCCGACCCAAACCCAGUAGGACUCCAACCCCACAAACUCCAGUCAAUCCACCUAGUCAGCAGAGCACUCUCUACCGACCACCCAGUAGCCUUGCCCCUGGGUCCAGAGCCCCUAUCGCUGGGUUCUCUUCCUUUGUUUGAUGGGUCUAAAAGAAAGAAAGAAAGAAGAAGAAAAAGGGGUAACAACAAAAAAGGAUGGAUUUAAUAACAACCAUGACUUUUGGGUCCAGGUGUGUUACUUUUCAGAAGUAAUGUGAUGUUGUUGGAGACAAUCAGGCAUAACCGAGUUUGAAUUCAGUGACGGCUCCUGUUUCUAAUAUUGCACAGUGCUCCUCAAAGGAAUUCAUCUGUCUGCAGAUGAACAUCUGGAGCAAAAUAGGAGAUAAGCUUGUUUUCAGGCCUCUUGUUGAAAGAAGGGUGGAAGGCAACAGGGUAAAACUGGGAGCCUCGAAGCUAAGAGGACAUUUGGUAUUAUAGUCACACCUCCCUGCAGAUCAGUUUUCUAGAAAGAGGUGGGGGGGAAUGUAAGUUGAUGUUUCUCAGAAUAGUUUAUUGGGGUUUGAUUUGUUUGUUUGUUUUGUCCUCCAACCAAAGCUUUCCUCGGAGGGGAACGGGUUAGGGCUCUGCGAGCUGUAAAUAGGAGCCAGUUGAAUUGCUACAGUCAAUGCUCUAUAUGCUAGAUGCAAGGGUGAAGCUCAAAGGAUUUGUCAGUGUGAAUACGCUCCUGGUGGCUAGCAGCUGGCCAAUAAGAAAUGGAGGACUGCAGAGACUCACCAUGGCCACGCCAUGCCACGGCAACAGUUGCAGGGAGCCAGGACAACUUUGAAAGGCUUCCCGGACUGAUGCUACCUUGAAAGAACCGGAGGGAGUUAAGUGGGAGGAGCAGCAACCACACUCAGGCCACCUUCUUCCAUUCACACAGCUAGAGGCUAUGCAGAAUUUAGGUGAGCUCAACGGUGCUGACUAGACUCUGUACUGUAUCAUUUUUGUUUCUGUGCAUUUUGUGCGACAACGGGAGAGAGUACAUUUGAGAAUGGUUGGAGAAAACAUUGCAGCAUUCAGAAGAACUGUGAUACUGUCCCUGGGCAACCGGUGCUCUUGGUAUAUCUCCUCUACUGAUAGUGGUCUUCCUCUCGUAUUGUGGGAGAAGUAUGCAUCUGCAUCCAACCAAGCCUCAAGACAUUUACCCCCACCCCACCCCACAUGGUUGGAUGGUGUCUCCACACCCUCAUGUCUUCUCAGAUCCUUUUCCCCCCUCCAUUCACUUCACUGGGCAAGGAGGAAAGAAGGAAAGGGAGAAAACCUGAUCCAAAUCAAAUGCAAUUUGAAGGCACAAAAUACAGGCAGGGGCUAUAUCAGGUACGAGAUAUACAUGCGCUAAAAACUCAAUUCUGCAGAGCCCUCUUUGCAUUGGAUCACUUCAGGGAGUUGUUCUAUGGCUUCAUUGCAGUGUUUGCCCCUCUGGUUUCAAAAGUAAAGCUCUCUUACAGGUCCAUGGAACUGGAAAGUUUCUCCCCAUAUUCUUUUAAGGGAUUUUUUAAAAAAAUAUUCACAGCCCACAAAUAUUAGGAUGAGGAGAGGGAGUGGAACUGAACGAGGGACAAAAUACAUUGAAAGUUACAGUUCUCCCUUUUUUGCUUUAAAAAAAAAAUAUUUUAGUGCAAGGGUCAGAUAAAAGUUAUUUUUGUUUCUAAGCAUCUAAUAGAGUAUAUAUAUAUAUACAUACACACAGAGAGAAACACAAACACACACACACACAUACACACAGAGUGCCUAUUGAGUCUCAAGAUCUGCAGCGGCCAUAUUUUUUUUUUUCUAAUAGAGUUUUGGGCCAGAGCAAGAAGUCCAGGAAUAAUUGGGGAAAGGGGGAAAGAGAAAAAGGGUGACCAUUCCACUUUUGUUGGGUUAUCUUCUUUCCUUGGCUAUAGCUGUCUUCAUUAUAUUCCCUCCACCUCACCCCAUGCCUUUAUUUGCACAUUGUUUUCCAAGCCUGGUUUACAAAGCAUUGAACUGGCACAUUGGGUCCUUUUAAUAAAGAAUCAA